AUGCUGGUAUCAAGAAGUUCUUCUGAGAAGAAAUAUGUUGAGGGGAGCUUGAUUCCUGGUGAUCAAGUUUCUGUUAAUGGCACUGAACCUGUUGAUGUUAGGAUUGGACCUCGUCCACCGGAUCAGGGAGACUGUAAACAGAGGAAGACUUUUGGAAACUUAGAUGAAGAUGUUGGUGACUCGAGAUCAUUAGGUGGGACAAAACAAAGAAAGUUUCAGUAUCAUCCAAUUGGAAGAACGCAAGCUGCCAAUACAAAGGGCAUCCCUCUACAACAUUCUCAAGGAAAUUUUGGACAUGCCAAAAUUGGUGGUCAAGGUCUUAUAGGUACGAGGUUGUUAUGCAAGAUGGUGAUGCUGAGCUUGAAAUGGGAGGAAGGUGUAGUGAAGGUCAAAAGGUGCUUGCUUCACUGUGGAAUACUUGCACUUGAUGAACUAACCACCAAUUUAGAUGUUCCAAAUGCCGAAAGUCUGGCUGCUGCUCUUCUAUCAUGGCAACCUUCAACAGUAGCAGAAGAUAUCGUGUACGUGUUCUUGUGCUGCUAUUGUGGAUUCGGGAACAUCAUUGCUUACUGGUCCAACUGUAUGUAUCUCACGUGA